AUGGUCAGAUUAGCAGUCACUGUUCUCAUUGUCCUCAUCGCCUCUUGUUUCGCGGCCCCGGGAGACCGCAUACGAAUCAGAAGACACGCUUAUGACUUCGGCCAUGGAGGCUACAGUGGUGGACAUGGUGGCUUUGUCAGUCGAAGGCCUCAGCAAGUUCAUCUUCCGUUGGUGGAACUGUAUCAGGGUAAAAAUAUGAUUUUCCAGUGGUCCGCAAUCCAACGUAUACGACUAAAAAUAAAGUUGACCUGA